AUGGAUCUACGGACUCUCUCUGACGAUCUCCUUACCCGUGUUCUUGAAUCGGAUUCAACUGCUUAUGAGGCUUGGACCAGAAUACAAAAUAUUUUUCUCAAUAACAAAGGUUCUAGGGCUGCUGCUCUUGAACACGAAUUCAACAAUUUGACUCUUCGAGCGAUGCCCUUUCUUGAAGAUUAUUGUCAAAGAUUAAAAGAGCUCUCUGAUGAACUCAAUGAUGUUGAUUGUCCGUUGAAUGAAAAACGCCUCGUACUUCAGCUUUUUCGAGGCCUUCCCACUGAAUACGAACCGGUCGAUGUGUAUAUCAAUCAAACUCUGCCCCCAUGGGAGACUGCGUGCUCUAUGCUUCAGCUUGAGCAUCAACGUCAAUAUGCUCGAGAUUCUCUAUCCCCUGCCGAUGUCGCUGCUGCAGUCACCCACAAGACUUCAAAUCCCCCUCCCAAUCGACGUGAUACUUCCGCCUCCAAUCGUUGA